GCAUUGCAUUAGCUCAUCAAUCGCAAUUCAGUAUUCAGCGAGAAUUGUUGCAAUGAAGCUUUUGCUUGUUUUCUGCGUUGUGGCCACACUCAUGGUUGUCCAGUGUUAUGCUGGGGAACCUAAAGGGCCGGGUAGGCAGAAGCGUUCACCCGAACCACUUAGUAGCAAUGGAGCGCCUGGUGAGCCUGGUAAAAAUGGCGGAGGAGGUGGAGGUGGUGGUGGCGGUGGCGACAAUGGAGGUGGUGGUGGUAAUGGUGGAGGUGGUGGCAAUGGUGGCGGUGGUGGCAACGGUGGCGGUGGUGGCAACGGGGGCGGUGGUGGCAACGGUGGCGGUGGCGGUGGUGGCAAUGGUGGUGGUGGUGGUGGUGAUGGCGGCAAAGGGGGCAAAGGGGGCAAAGGUGGUGACGAUGGUGCUCCUGGUGCGCCUGGAGCUCCCGGUCAUUAAUUUUGUUUACGAAAAUAAAGUUUUGUUUUGUUUAUAAGUCGGCA